AACACAUCCUUUUGGUGAAAAUGAAUUACAUUGAAAACUUGCUAAUUUAUGCCAGAAAUCUCUCGCCAUUCUACAUCUUUAGCAUGGCAAUAUCAAUCUUUGCCGUGUUGCUCACGGCGUAUUUCGGAAUAACCGGAUGUACCGCAACGCUCGAUGAUGGGGCCAGUAGUUCCGACGGUAGGCCUCCGAAGAAAGCAACUUCAAACAACAACAGUAGCCGCAAACAGGAGCAUUCCAACACCACUGACGACUCAGUUGACGAGGCGCCCAGCAGCGACAGUGAAGAAAGUGCGGAUGGAAUGCAUGAGCGGAUGCACAUCGAAUCUCUGAGACAGCUGAAAUCCGCAAAAUUAAAAUCAAUCGAAAAAUCCUUGACCGAAGAGCAGCGGAAAGCGGAAAAAGAAAUCGAACGGGCACAGCUGGCCGCAAUAUUUGAACUUUUGAAACAACAAACGGAGAGCUCCAAUUUAGACGAAGAAGAUCUAAAAGAGCAGCUUAGUCUCUAUCGAUAAAAUACAAUCACAACUUCGGAUAAUCAUCUUUCGUGUGCGCGUGGUCAAUGUUCUAGUCAAUUUUAGAUUAGCUUUAGAACCGUUAAAAGUUAUUUGCUUUUUUCACAAUUUUACAUGAAGAAACAGCUCCUUAGCACACAUUUCGGUUUUGUUUGAUCAUCACAUAGUCAUUUAGAAAACGUAGCAGAACGCGUAAAAUGGUAA